UUAUGGAACGCUAAUAGAAGAAAAAAAAAAUAAAAAUAAAUAAAAAAAAACGUAAACUACAAUAUAAAAAUAAACUCAUAUCGUCAAGCAAUUUUCGUGCGAUUGUGGUGGUCGCACGAAAAUUCAUUCAAUUGACGGCCAAAAAAAGCGAGCUUAAUAACGAUAAUAAUUUAUAUCUAAUUAUAUUAAAAACUACCCCGUCUUACCAGAAGUGACAUGUAUGUUAUUAAUCAUAAUUUAUUAUUAUGCUGUAUAUCAAUAUGUUUCUUUAAUACUAAUGAAUAUUAACUUCAUAAUAUUGUUCAGUUAUUAUUACUGUACAUUAGAAUGAAAAUAAAUAAAAUAUAAAAAUAUAUAUUAAUUGUUAUAAAUGAUUACCUUUUUGAAAUUAUCUAAAUGAAAAUCUUACACAUAAUAAACAUAUGAAAAUACACAUACGAAUAAAACAUAAACCUAUACAAACACAAUAAUAUUUAUAAAUAUAUAUAUACACAUAUAAAUAAACAAUAUCACUUUUAAAUUACUUUCACCGGAGAUACGAAAAAUUAAUCACUGCAUUUAUUGCAACUAAAUGUACGAAUAAUUAUAACACACUUAACCUAAAUUAUAAAAUUCAUAUUAUAAUAUAUAUAAAUAAUUGUGAUAUAAAAUAUAUAUUAUAAACAUAAUAUAUAUAUUUUCAAUUAUUUGACGUAUGUCACUGUCAUAAUUAUCAGCACAAAUAUUAAACCACGUGGAACACUUGUUAAUCUAGUUGUAUUGUAUCAGUGUGAUAAAUUACUAUAAAUGAUAGUAGAAUUAAGAUAAACGAAAAGAGUGGUGAAAGAAGUAGGAGGGGAUAAAUAAUAGUUACGGCGCGUGUUGUUGCGGUGGCAGCACUUGCGUUACGCGUGCGUCGAUUUUUGAUGUAUAAUUUGAAACUUCGUUCUCUCGUAUCUAAAGAUAUUUAAAAGUUUUCGAACAGAUGAAUCGAAAGUCGAAUUAUUUAAUUUUAUCAUUGAAAUUAAUCAAUUACUUGAGUUUUACAAAUGUUUCGCAAAAGUGCUGGUGAAGGAUGAAUUAUUUGAACAGUAUAGGAGGCAGCAGUACUAGUGCUGAUUCUGGCCUCCAAUUGAACAAUGUCGAAGUGUUGUAUACUAAAGUGCAAAAGGUUUAUAUAAAACCUCAACAUAAAGAAGAAAGACAACGUGAUCUUAGGGUGAACGUUGAAACUCAUGCUGGGCUUAGUCCUGUUUGUCGUAAGAGUUUAUGUGUUUUAUUGUCAGACGAUGAUGAUCCUUGCUUUUUAUAUUCUUUGUUUAUUGCCGAGGAAGAUUUUAAAGUGCUGAAAGCUCAACAAGGUUUAUUAGUCGAUUUUGACAAUUUUGCAACGCAAUUAAUAUGUUUAUUAGAACAAUGCAAUGUACCUGGUACCAAUGUGUCAAAAACACCACCCAAAUUUCUUUUGCUAUUAGCAGAAGAAAAUGGAGAAUGGACAUUAAAACUGGUUGAAACUAAUAAUUUUAAACAUCUAUGCCAUUUGAGUUUAAUCAUAUCUCCUGCUAAUGAUUUCGAUUUAAGAACUCAUAUGGCUAUGAAAAUAAAACAAUUAAAAGAAAAUGUUUUACAGAAAAAUAGAGAUGUAGUUGGUUUAGAAACCCGAUUGAAUGACUUGACUAUUAAAUUUGAAUCUAAGACUAAGGAAUUAGAUCAAUUAGAACAAAGAUAUUUAGCUGAAAAAAGUCAAAUUCAAAUUAAUUCUUCACAGCAAAUAAGUAUUGAAAAGGAUAGAUUUGCUCAAGCAAGACUGGAAUGGCAACGACAAAGUGAUAAAGACAAAAUGGAAUUAGAACAUAGACAUACAGAAACCAUAAAACAAUUACAUACCGAACUUGCUGAAUUGCGUACACAAAAUAUGAGUUAUAAAGAUAAAUUGUCAUAUCUUGAAGCCACUAAUAAAGAACAAAGUAAACAAUUGCAGAAUAUUGAAAAGGAAUUAAAUCUUGCCCAAAAAGAAUUAGCUCUUUUAAAGAAACAAAAUUCAAAAUUAGAUAUAGACUUUCACGAAAAAGAUAAAGCUGUUAAUAGUUUACGUACGAAGGUAGCUGUACUUGAACAAGAAUUAAAAGAUAAAGGUGUAAUUAUUAACAAACAUAUGGAAAUGUUAAAAACAGCAAAAGAACAAAAACAACAAUUAGAGGAACUUUUGGCUGAUAAGGAAGGCCAAUUACAACGCAAACAAAAUUCUUUGAGAAGUUUAAGCGAUGAAUUAGUAAAAGCUAAUGAAAUAUUAACAAAAUUACAAAAUGAAUUAGCUUCUACUAAAUCUAAAUUAAAAUUAAGAACAAGUAUAGCAUUGGAACAAGAAAGAUUAUUAGAUAAUAAACAAAAGGAAGUUGGUCAAUUGGAAAGCAGAAUGGAAAUUGUAAAUAAAGAUAUUAAAGAGGCAAAAGUAGAAAUAGAACAUUUAAAAGAACAAACAAAAAUAUUGCAAAAUCAAUUGGAAGAAAAAGACAAAAUAAUCAAAAAUAAUGAUAAUGUAAUCAAUUGGUUGAAUCGUCGUUUAGCUGACAAUCAAUCACCACUUCAGAGCACUACUACUCCAGCUCCAGUUACUAUUCCAUCAUCAGUACAGUUAACUUUACCAAGAUCAAACAAAUUAUAUGCAAAUAGAUUUGAAACAAGAACACCUGCACCUGGAACUAUAGCACCUAAUACAUUAUCAGGGUUGCCGUUAAAAAAUCCAAUAGUUCAAAAUCCAAAUAUUAAUCAAACUACUCGUACAACCGCCAGAUCCAUGGGAGUAGGAGAUAGUACAAUGGGUUUGUCUUCUAUUAACAAGACUGGACAAAUUUCUAGUACCAGUACACCGAUGGAUCGUAUUAAUACUCUAAAUAAAUUACCAGGGAAUAUGCCAGGUAUGUCAUCUGUGCCAGCUAUUGUAGAAAGUAAUAAUCCAUGCAUAUCUUCUAAUGGAACCAAAACAAAAGGUUCAAAUGUAGCAUUACAAGGUGGGUUAAGAAGAGCUGGUCUGUCGGACAAACAAAUUUUGCCUUCAGCUUAUUUCCCUAAAACUUCACAUUGACAAAGUUGUCGGUCACAUUAUGACAAAAAAUAUAGUAUAAUUAAAUAAUAUAAUAUAUGUAAAAAA